CUGCACUACGAGACCCUCCUGGGCAGCAGAGCUUGUGUCCACAUGGCAGCAGCUGCCUGGGCCACUGGGUUUCUCAAUGCUCUGCUGCACACGGCCAAUACAUUUUCACUGCCCCUGUGCAAGGGCUAUGCCCUGGGCCAGUUCUUCUGUGAAAUCCCCCAGAUCCUCAAGCUCUCCUGCUCACACUCCUACCUCAGGGAACUUGGGCUUCUUGUGGUUAGUGUCUGUUUAGCAUUUGGCUGUUUUGUGUUCAUUGUGGUGUCCUAUGUGCAGAUCUUCAGGGCCGUGCUGAGGAUCCCCUCUGAGCAGGGACGGCACAAAGCCUUUUCCACCUGCCUCCCUCACCUGGCCGUGCUCUCCCUGUUCCUCAGCACUGGCUUGUUUGCCUACCUGAAGCCCCCCUCCAUCUCCUCCCCAUCCCUGGACCUGGUGGUGUCUGUUCUGUACUCGGUGGUGCCUCCAGCAGUGAACCCCCUCAUCUACAGCAUGAGGAACCAGGAGCUCAAGGAUGCCCUGUGCAAACUCAUAUCCCGCUGUUUUCUGAAGCAAUAA